AGCCUCUGAGGUUCCAUCAUGUCAGACAUUGAGGAGAUUGUGGAGGAGUACGAGGAGGAGGUGGAAGAAGAAGAGGAUGAUGAAGCAGAGAAGAAAGAAAAGCAUGCGGAGGAGAAUGAGCAUGAGGAGGACUCCAAAUGGCGGCCUAAGACGACUUAUGUGCCAAAUAUUGCUCCCCCAAAACUCCCUGAUGGCGAGAAGGUGGAUUUUGAUGACCUGCACCGCAAGAGAGUAGAAAAAGAUUUCAACGACCUCCAGACGCUGAUUGAAUCACACUUCUCCACCCGCCAGAAAGAGGAGGAAGAGCUGGUGGCUUUGCGUAACCGCAUUGAACGCCGUCGAGCCGACAGAGCGGAGCAACAACGCGUCCGCGCCGAACAGGAGCGCGAACGCCAAGCACGUUUAGCCGAGGAGAGGGCGAGGCGUGAGGAGGAGGCAGCUAAGCUGCGCGCCGACGAGGAGGCGAAGAAGAAGAAGAUAUUCACCAACAAGUCCUUUGGCGGCUACCUGCAGAAGGUGGACCAGAAGAAGGGCAAGAAGCUGACGGCACGGGAGGAGAAGAAGAAGGCCCUGCUGGAGCGCCGGAAGCCGCUCAACAUUGAUCAUCUGAACCAGGAGAAGCUGGCGGAGAAGGCGCAGGAUUUGUGGCAGUGGCUCCACCAGCUGCACGCCGAGAAGUUUGAGCUGGCCGAGAAGCUCAAGAGGCAGAAGUACGACAUCUACGUGCUCCGGAACCGAGUCAGCGACCACCAGAGGGGCUCCAAAGCAUCCAAGACCCCCCGCGGGGCCAAGGGCAAGUCUGGCUCCUGGAAGUAGACUGGACAGCUGUUUGUGGACUAUUUGGCUCCUAUUUCC